GUGUUUGCGAAAACUGAAUGUUCUAAAUUCGCGCUUUUACCAACAAAUCGGGAUAUUCGUUCGUCUUUUGAAACUGCAAUAUUAGCAAAGACAGUAUUUGUAUAAUUAAAUUAAAUUUGAACAAUUUUCUACCUGAUUAACUAUAUCUACAUUAAGUUAUUUAAAUAAAAUGUCUAAGCGGAAAGGAUUAACUCUUGAUGAGAAGCGUAUAAGAAUGCUUCAUUUAUUUUAUGAAAAAAAAGAAUUUUUUACUUUAAAAGAAUUAGAAAAAAUUGCACCUAAAGAAAAAGGUAUUAUUGCACAAUCAGUAAAAGAUGUACUUCAAACUCUAGUAGAUGAUGGAUUAGUUAGAUCAGAAAAGAUUGGUACUUCUGUAUAUUUCUGGACUUUUCCAGGAGAAAAUAUUACUGCAAUAGAACAAAGAAUAUCUGAAGCCUCAAAAAAAAUAGUAGAAGCAGAAUUUAAACUUCAAAAACUUAAAGAAGCUUGUGAAAAAGAAAAGAUAGGAAAAGAAGAUACAGAGGAAAGGCAAAUUUUAUUACAUGAAUUAGAAGAAUUAAAGGCCAAAGAAGAUCAAUUGAAAAAACAAAUAACUAAAUUCAGUGAUGCUGAUCCAGAAGUUAUAGCUAAACUCGUAGAAAAAGCAAAGGAAUAUAAAGAAGCUACUAAUAAAUGGACGGAUAAUAUUUUUGCUAUUCAAAGUUGGUGUAAAAACAAAUUUGAUAUAUCCGAAGGAUAUCUUAAUAAACAAUUCAACAUUCCUGAUGAUUUAGAUUACAAAGAAUAAAUUACAAAGAAUAGAAAUAUUUAAAAUUUUAUUUAACUUUUUAUUUUAUAUACAUACCAUUCAACUAAAAUUCCUUUCGUGACAUUUACCAUGACUUCUUGUCUUUUACCUUUCACAGAAAAGACCAAAUUCGUUUCAUAUUUACAAUUCUCGUUAAUAAUGCUUGCACGCGUAUAAAAAUCAUAGAAUAUGUUCGACUAAAUCUCUAGAUAAGAAAACCAAUCUAAUUUAAAUUGUUCAUUUUAAUAUAUAUCAAUAAAGUUAUUAUUA